GGGUGGCUGUGACUGUGCACCGUGCAAUGCCCUUAGGUCGGUAGUAACCUCCAGAACGGGAUCUAGCGGGUCCUGCCAUGAGUGACAAACAUAGACCUUACACAUGGUGAACCACUGGAUCGACUAUGAUUGAACAGUUGAAUAAAUAUACAACACACCUAUAUCAUACCGGUAGACACAUGCGAGUGCCAACUCUAGGGUGGGAGUGUGGUGAUAUGUGAAAGGUGUUAGUGAUUGUGACAAACAUGAGAAAAGCACGUAGCAGGAGGGUCUGGACUUCCGUCUUUCUGGCUUUGAUACUUCUAGUGGCGCAAACAGGGGCCGCCUACGUCAACAGCGGGGGAAACUCCCUAGACGGGUUGACAUCUACCCAGCAGCCGCUUCUCUCCAGGUUCGAGCCCUACUUUGACCCUUUGACCCCACGCAACGUCACCGCCUUGGUGGGCAAGUCGGCGUACCUCAGUUGUCGAGUGCGCAACCUUGGCAACAAAACCGUAUCCUGGGUAAGGCACAGAGACAUCCACAUCCUCACUGUAGGCGCCUACACAUACACCUCGGACCAGAGGUUCAUGGCGAUCCAUCAUAGGGACAACGACGAAUGGACCUUGCAGAUCAAGUGGGCUCAGAAGAGGGACGCGGGGAUAUACGAGUGCCAGAUCUCCACACAGCCCGUCAGGAGCUUCUUUGUCAAUUUAAAUGUUGUUGUCCCGACGGCCGCCAUUUUGGGAGGGCCAGACCUCCAUGUGGACAAAGGCAGCACCAUCAACCUUACAUGUACCAUCAGGUACAGUCCUGAGCCUCCAGCGUACAUCUUCUGGUAUCACCAUGACGAGGUGAUUAGCUACGACUCUAACCGCGGCGGUGUCAGCGUCAUCACUGAGAAGGGUGACGUCACCACAAGCUACCUGCUGAUUCAACACGCUGAGCUGACAGACAGCGGCAAAUACUCCUGCAGUCCUAGCAAUGCUGACGUGGCCAGUGUCAGAGUGCACGUGCUCAACGGUGAGCGGCCGGCAGCCAUGCAGACCGGGUCUGCAGGUUUGUCCAACAGCUCGUGGAACAUCCUCGUGUUGAUCAUCCUUAGUUGGUCAUACUCGGCCUUCAUACUGAGGAUACACUUUAGCCCCUUUUCCCUGCAAUCGUCCCUUCCCCUCCCAAUUCCCUUCCACCAACACAGAUAAUCCUUCACCAAUACACUGCGGAACGUCAUGUUAAGUGAAACCUUGGACUGCAAACUAUUAUAAACAAUGUACAC